UCAAGCGGCGCCAGCGGGGUCCUGCACACGCGCGGCUGGGCGGCCGGUUCCAGUUGCUGUAGCUGCCAGUCCGGCUUGCGGGCGUCAGCUAGGGGCCAUACUGUCCAGUGAAGAGGCUGUGCUGCUAGAUUUAAAACAAGAGUCUCAAGCUAUUGCUGUCAUUUAUCUUCCAUUUUUUGGCCUGAAAGACAUUCAGGGAAAGUGGAAGAGAUGGCAGUUUCUUGGGACUCAGUGACCUAUGAAGAUGUAACUGUGAUAUUCACUCAAGAGGAGUGGGCACUAUUGAAUCCUUCAGAGAAGAAACUCUACAGAGAUGUGAUGUGUGAAAACUUGAGGAACUUUCUUUCAAUAGAAAAGAUACAAGAACACUCCACCAAAGGACUGCAUAACUUGCAUGGGAGUAAACAAAGUAUUACAACAGUAAAAAUCUCUAAGGGCAAAGAUAGUCAGAAUGGUACAAUAUCUCAAGAAUGUGAAAUAUACAACAAAUUGUUCACUUAUUCUAUUCAUCUUCGAAACCAUGAAAGAAUUCAGAGUGCAGAGGAACCUUAUGAAUAUAAACAAUGUAUUAAAACAUUCCGGCUAUCCAGUUAUCUUUGGGAACAUGAAAAAACUCACAGUGGAGAGAAACCCUAUGAAUGUAAACAAUGUGGUAAAACAUUCAGUGAAGCUGGCCAUCUUCAUAUACAUGAACGAACUCACAGUGGAGAGAAACACUAUGAAUGUAAACUAUGUAGUAAAAUAUUAAGUUGUUCCAGUAGUCUUCAGACACAUCAAAGAAUUCACAGUGGAGAGAAACCCUAUGAAUGUAAACAGUGUAGUAAAACAUUCAGGCAAUCCAGUAAUCUUCGGACACAUGAAAGAAUUCACAGUGGAGAGAAACCCUAUGAAUGUAAACAAUGUGGUAAAACAUUCAGUCAAGCUGGUUAUCUUCAUAUACAUGAGCGAACUCACAGUGGAGAGAAACCCUAUGAAUGUAAACUAUGUAGUAAAACAUUUAGUUGUUCCAGUAAUCUUCGGACACAUGAAAGAAUUCACAGUGGAGAGAAACCCUAUGAAUGUAAACAAUGUAGUAAAACAUUCAGUUCUUCCAGUCAUCUUCGAACACAUGAAAGAAUUCACAGUGGAGAGAAACCCUAUGAAUGUAAACAAUGUAGUAAAACAUUCAGUUGUUCCAGUACUCUUCGAAACCAUAAAAGAACUCACAGUGGAGAGAAACCCUAUGAAUGUAAAUUAUGUAGUAAAACAUUCAGUUUUUCCAGUGAUCUUCGGACACAUGAAAGAAUUCACAGUGGAGAGAAACCCUAUGAAUGUAAACAAUGUAGUAAAACAUUCAGUCGUUCCAGUAGUCUUCGGACACAUGAAAGAAUUCACAGUGGAGACAAACAGUAUGAAUGUAAACUAUGCAGUAAAACAUUCAGUUGUUCCAGUAGUCUUCAGACACAUGAAAGAAUUCACAGCGGUGAGAAACCCUAUGAAUGUAAACUAUGUAGUAAAGCAUUCAGUUAUUCCAGUAGUCUUCAGACACAUGAAAGAAUUCACAGUGGAGAGAAACCCUAUGAAUGUAAACUAUGUAGUAAAACAUUCAAUUCUUCCAGUAGUCUUCGAAAACAUGAAAGAAUUCACAGUGGAGAGAAACACUAUGAAUGUAAACUAUGUAGUAAAACAUUCAGUUCUUCCAGCCAUCUUCGAACACAUGAAAAAAUUCACAGUGGAGAGAAACAUUAUGAAUGUAAAAUAUGUAGUAAAACAUUCAGUUAUUCCAGUAGUCUUCGGGCACAUGAAAGAAUUCACAGUGGAGAGAAACCCUAUGAAUGUAAACAGUGUAAUAAAACAUUCAGUUCUUCCAGUAGUCUUCGAAAACAUGAAAGAAUUCACAGUGGAGAGAAAUAUUAUGAAUGUAAACAAUGUAGUAAAGCAUUCAUGGUUUAUAGAUCUCUUCAGUUACAUGAAAGAACCCACAGUGGACAGAAAGAAACCUCAUGAAUGUAAACAAUGUAGUCAAGCAUUCAUUUAAGCCAGUGUUCUUUGGAGACUUGAAAGAUCUCACAGUGGAGAGAAACCCAACAAAAGUAAACAGCAAACCACUGACUGAUUGAUUCAAAACAUUGAUUGAUUGAUUCAUGGAGAGAAAUUUGAUGAAUAUAAGCAGUGUUGAAAACAUUCCACUAUUCUGGCCCCCUUUGUAUGCAUGAAAGAAUUCAGUGAAGUAAAACCCUAUGAAAGUAAUAAAAAUUUAGAUGUUCCACUAAUUUUCAAACACAUGAAAAUAUUCAUAAUGAAAAUCAAUCUUUUGAGCAUAAACUGUAUUAAGAUAAGAGAAAGAUGCAACCUGAGACAUGAUGCGGAGGCUAGUGGUUCACUAUAAUAGUUCUCAGGUAUAAGCGUCUGCACUCCCAUGGGUAGAGUUAUGUUCUGUUUUAUCGUCUCUAUCUCUCCAUCUUGUGAUAAUAUAUAAGUAAAUAUGUCUAAAUAAU